AUGUCUGGUCGCGGAAAAGGAGGAAAGGGUCUAGGAAAGGGGGGCGCCAAGCGUCAUAGGAAGGUUCUUCGUGAUAAUAUUCAAGGAAUUACCAAGCCAGCCAUUCGUCGUCUUGCUCGACGUGGUGGUGUAAAGCGUAUCUCGGGUCUCAUCUAUGAAGAAACCCGUGGUGUCCUGAAGGUUUUCCUCGAGAACGUUAUUCGUGAUGCCGUUACUUAUACUGAGCACGCCAAGAGAAAGACCGUCACAGCUAUGGAUGUUGUCUAUGCUCUAAAGCGUCAGGGACGCACUUUGUACGGUUUCGGUGGUUAA